AUUUGACAUAACCUGGAGAAAUGUCAAAUUUGAAUAUCUCACUCUAACAUAGAUAUAAUAUGCUUUGAUAAUCCAAAUUAGGAUACGAUAAUGAUUUAUUGUAUACUAUUUUUCAAUGAAGUGUCGGAACAUUUCAACUUGAUUCAAUAAAUUUAUAGAAUACGUUUUUGAAAUGGCACCUCUUACGGAUUUACUUUCUUGUAGUAUAAUUGAAAAAGAUUCUAACGGUGAUAUAUUAUGGACAUGGUCUUAUCCGCGAGUAGCGGAAUCUCAAAAAGCUGUCGUUGCAAGAAAAUGUAAUUUAGAACUGGAACAUAAUUCUUCUCAAGUGUUUGUGUUUUCAAGACACAAACACAGUUGGUUUUACAUACAUUGCAGCGAGGUGUUUGAUUCAGAUAAGUUACCAAAAGUAAAGCAAUUUGCAUUAGUUUUAUUUGCUAAGGAUUUUAAUCCAAGGAAGUAUGAAGUACUGUCCAGAGUCCUUAGCAAAAUGUACUGUAAGACUGGGAAACCAACAGAGAUUCUACAACUAUACCUAUCUGUAUUUACAAAAGGAUCUUGUUCUACUCAAGAAAAUGGAACAUUUGUUUCUGAUGACUUUAAUAGUCAUCGUUUUACAAUGAAUACUAACAUCAGAGAAAUGAUUAAAACCUUUGAAUUGGAAACUAUUUUAAUAUAUACAGCUCUUCUUUUGAAGAAAAGAAUAAUAGUUUAUCACCAUAGUUUGGAACAACUUCUAAAAUGGAUUGGAAUAUUUCCUGAAUUAAUGAAGCACCGUAAAGUUACUGAUAAUUUGUUCCCUUGGGUUGAUCUAAUUGACGAUGAACUUGCAGAAUUAAAGGGCCAUACCCAUUACAUUGCAGGGUGUAGAAAUGUAUUUAUUUCAUCAAGAACAGAGUUGUUUGAUUUACUUGUAAAUAUUCCAGCCAGAGAAAUUACAGUUGCUUCGCAUGCAAAAGAAAGUUUAACAAUGACAAAAACCCACAAAGAAAUAGCUUUGUUCAUGGUUCAAUUGAGUGAAAAUCAAUCAUAUACAGAAGUUCAAAUAAUAUCUGAAAUCAAUGACAAGACACAGGAUUUAUUGAAUCAGUUAAAGUCUUUAGCUUUAGUUCAAGGACCUGAUGGAAGAAAAAUGGUUUCUGCACAAACAUUGAAAGAAAAGAAUUUACCACCAGCUGUAGAAAACUUUCUAAUCAAUUUAGCCGUAGCCGAAAACCUAUUUUUACUAUAAUUUAUACAUACUCAUAUAUUUUUGUAAAUAUAUUCUCUCAUUUGUAAAUUAAUAAAUGUAUGCAUUUAA